AUGAAGUUCCCCUUUUACAGCAGUAAAGAAAGCAAACCCGACUACCCACCUACAUCUCCUCCCGAAAAGCUUUUCCCUCAACCCACUACCACCACCAAUGACCACCAGCACCACCAAGGACAAGAAGAACUCUCCUCUACCAGCGAAGAAACCAUCCCAUCAUGUCCCCCCAACACCACCCCCCAAAAACUCCUCCUACGAAUCGACCUCCACGUAAUCCCCUUUUUAUGCAUUUUAUAUCUAUUGGCAUUUUUAGAUCGCGUAAACAUUUCCAAUGCAAAUGUGUUGGGCUUGUCAGAAGAAUUGGGAUUGGAACGGAUCGAAUAUAAUUCUGCUUUGGUGAUUUUUUUUGUGCCAUAUAUUUUACUCGAAAUCCCCUCAAACAUCCUCCUCAAGAAAUUCAAGCCACACAUCUGGCUUAGCUUGAAUAUGUUCCUCUUCGGAUUCGUCACAAUAAUGCAAGGUUUGGUCCAAAAUUACAGUGGAUUGCUCACGACGAGAUUCUUCCUUGGAGUCUUUGAGUCGGGCAUGUUUCCAGGAUGCUUCUACCUAAUAGGAAUGUGGUAUCGAAGACACGAGGCGCAGAAGAGGUAUACCUUCUUUUUUUCCUCGACCACUUUGGCGGGAGCAUUUGGUGGGCUCUUGGCGGCGGCGAUUGGGAAGAUGUCGGGAUUGAGAGGAUAUGCAGGUUGGCGUUGGAUCUUCAUCCUCGAAGGAGCACUUACAGUCGCUGUAUCCUUCAUCUUCUUCUUCUGCAUCCCCAGCUUCCCCGAAGAAGCCGCAUGGCUCUCCCCCGACGAAAAAGCCUACGUCGCCGCCCGCCUCCGCAUGGACCAAGGCCGCUCCGCAGCCGAGCGCAAAAUCACCUUGCGCGACGUCCAGCGCGUCUUCAAAGACUACAAAGUCAUCGUCGCGGGAUUCAUGUACUUUGGCUUGAUUGUCCCCGCGUAUUCGUACGCGUACUUCGCUCCGGGCAUCAUCCAAAGCUAUGGCUACGAUCCCAUUCAAACACAACUCCACUCGGUGCCUCCGUGGGCUGCCGCUUUUGCGUGGGCAAUGCUGUUGGCGACGAUUUCGGAUGCGACUAAGCACCGCUUUGGAUUUGCCGUGUUGAGUAUUUGUGUGGGAAUCACGGGGUUUGGGAUUCUCAUUACUGUGCAUGAUAAUCAGCCAUUACAAUACGCCGCCCUCUUCCUUGUCACCAUGGGCACCUACGGCGCCAUGCCCAUCAUCGUCUGCUGGUUCAACAUGAACCUCGGCGGCCACCAUCGGCGGUCCGUCGGCAGCGCAUGGCAAGUCAGCUUCGGCAACAUCGGAGGCAUCAUUGCCGUAUUUGCUUUCUUGCCCGAGGAUGCUCCCAAAUAUGUGACUGGAUACUCCAUCUGCAUCGCCUUUACUAUCCUGAGUAUUCUCUCGUGUAUCGUCUAUGGCUGGGCGUGUUGGUCGCAGAAUCGGCAGAGGGAGAGAAUUGGUAUGGGAGAUGAGGGGUUGACGGAAGGCGAGAAGACGGAGUUGGGGGAUAUGAGUCCGACGUAUCGGUAUUUGUUGUGA